AUGGACUGGAAGACCCUCCGGGAACUACUGAGUGGUGUGAACAAGUACUCCACAGCAUUUGGGCGCAUCUGGCUAUCGGUGGUGUUCGUCUUCAGGGUGUUGGUGUAUGUGGUGGCUGCAGAGCGCGUGUGGGGGGACGAGCAGAAGGACUUUGACUGUAACACCAAGCAGCCGGGCUGCACCAACGUCUGCUAUGACAACUUUUUCCCCAUCUCCAACAUACGCCUCUGGGCCCUGCAGCUCAUCUUUGUCACCUGCCCUUCACUGCUGGUCAUACUGCAUGUAGCCUACCGGGAGGAGCGGGAGCGGCGCCACUGCCAGAAGUAUGGUGAGCACUGUGCCAAGCUGUAUGACAACGCGGGCAAGAAGCACGGUGGCCUGUGGUGGACAUACCUGUUCAGCCUCAUCUUCAAGCUCAUCAUCGAGUUCCUCUUCCUUUAUGUGCUGCAUACACUCUGGCACGGCUUUGGCAUGCCACGCCUGGUGCAGUGUGACAAAGUGGAUCCCUGUCCCAACACCGUGGACUGCUACAUUGCCCGGCCCACUGAGAAGAAGGUUUUCACUUACUUCAUGGUGGGCGCCUCGGCCGUCUGCAUUGUGCUCACCAUCUGUGAAAUCUUCUACCUCGUCUUCCAUAGGGUACUACAGAGUUCACGCAAGAACAAGUCCCCGGGGGGCCACCACCUCCCAUCCUCUGCCAGCCGGGCCUCCACCUGCCGCUGCCACCACAAGUUGAUGGAAGCUGUGGAGCUGGCCCCCACCACAGGCAAUGACAAGUCACAGGCAUCAGCACCCAACCUGACCCCCAUCUGA